AAUAUUUAAAAGUAAAUUUACCGAAUAGGAAUUAAAAAAAUGUAAUUUCUUUUAUAGAACCCUAGCAAAUAAUUGAUUCGGUUCAUCACUUCUGAUUAGUUUGACUGUUGACUUACUGUACACUUUAAAUAUUGAAAGGUUUUAAUAAAAAUUUAAAAAAUGUACUAAAACCGUUAUUGAAGCCAUUAUUUCUUUAUGGCCGAGUUAGACUCCAAACCAAGUGUAUUUCUUCGUAGUUGGUUGUGUUGUUUUGCAUCUCGGCCUAAACGUACAGAAUUUUGUUUUGUUAAACCAGCAAGUAACUUAAAAGAAGAAGAAUAUGAUUAUGUUGUGGAAAAAUUAAGUGUAAAAAAAGUCCCUGUCAGUCUUUUUGAAGAUUAUCAGCAUGAAAACUCACGAAAUAAUGUCCGAUACUUCCCAUCACGAUCGUCAUCAGAUUAUGAAGAUACUUCAGAAAAGUGCUUAGCUAUUUACAAUUUAAAUGACAAUAGCAAUGAUAGCAGACCUUCUGACAUGCAAAAUGAAGAUAACGUCUCGAUAAAAAGAGAGACGCCUUCUUCACACAGUACUUUCAAAAAAGUAUCUUCCGAAUAUUUAAAAAAAUGCAACGUUAUCAGUAUAGUCAAAAGUAAAUUAAAAAAAGCUAAGAGAAAUACUUGGGAGGUUUCUACAUCUAGCAAUCUUUUUGAAGAAGUGGAUUACAAAGAAAAUCUUCAUGAUUCACUUAAUACCAAUACGUCUCAUGACAUUUCAAUGCAUAAUUCAAACAAACAUUUAAAAACCGAUAAAAAAGAAAAAAUGCAUUUAAAAAUGGACACGUUUGGAUGCCAUUACUAUAUCGAACAAGACAAAACAGCUCUAAUUGAACAAAAAAAUAAUUUACAAGCGAGCUGUUUGAUUCAAAAGACAUCAAUUUCAAAAAUGAAAUGUGAUCAAAAUACCCAAACAUGUGUACAAUAUGUUGCCGUUUUACAGGAUCAGAUAAAAGUUACGGCAAGUACUAAUACCGAAAACAGUCAUACUGCUAUUAAUAAAUCUGCGCUAACAAAUGGUACAUUGGAGCCAAUUAAAAUAAAUCUUACACUAAGUACAGUAAAAAAUAAUGAGAGGAACAGUCAGUCAAAACAACUAGAUAAAGAAUGCCAAACAGAAAACAAUAAUAAGUCUUCGAUAUUGCGUUUAAAGGACAUCAUUAAUGCGAAUGACUCACUAGCGGAUAUAAAUAAGAAAUAUUCAUACAAAAACCGAGUAAACGAACAGGCUACAAAAUAUACUAAUAAGAUUCCUAUAAAUGUUCAUUAUUCUCAAAACGACAUUCCUGAAAAAGAAUCAAGAAGUGGCCUUUUGGAAACCUGUCAGGAAAAUAGCAAUACCUUUUUCACUCAGAAUUACUCAGAAUUAAAUCCCGUUGGAUUGGUCGUACCCUCGACGAACUUUUUUAAAGAAAACCACAUUAAUAACAACUUGAAUAACAGUCGCUGUUAUUAUUUACAAAAUAACAAAAAGAAACCUCCUUUUAACUCUUCUACUUUAAAUACUGACAAAAAAUGUCCAGAAGAUGACCAAGCGUUUAAUUGUUUUCCGGAACGAGAUAUAAAAUCGUCCAAUAGUAGUCAGUCAAUUGAACGCAGUAUGACAUUCAAUUUUCAGAUGGGUCUUCUGCAAAAUGUCGAGGAUUUACAUAAUGCAGCAGAAGAUAAUUCUACAAAAGAAAGAAACGGUGAAAGGGAUAAAACUUAUUCAAAUACUGAACUACCAGAAUCGGAUUCUCAAUUUACUCAGUCCAUCACAUUAACUGAAAAUAAUUCCGAAAGCAGUAAGCAUGUUCCUCCUUCUUCUAGAAACAUACAAGAAAUAAGAAACGUUAAUAUAUCUAGCAACAAUCCGUUUUGUUCUGCUGGGCAUAAUAAAAAUUUAAAAAAUGCAUUUUUAAGACAUGAACAAACAGGCUCGCCUAGGUUAACUGAAGUUCAAAGAAUUGCACAACUUACAUCUUCGGAAAAGAAUCCAGUUAAAUGGAAAAUUGUUAUUAAACAACGUAAAGGUAAUCAUUUAAAACAUUAAUUUUUUCGAUGUAUUUGUACAAACUAUUUUUAGUUUCUGAAUAGCUGCUUUAAUCGAAGUAAAU